UUGUAUGGCAACCUUUAACUGAUUUUGUGUUAAUUCUGUGAAAUCAUUGUUUUAAAAGUUACAUUUUCUGUGCGUAAAAAAAUAAUAUUUGCAUGCGGAAAAUAUGUCGAAUAACGAUGAAUUAAUCGCACAAUUCAUAGAGAUAAGCGGUGGAGAUGAAAAUGUCGCCAGAUUUUAUUUAGCAAGCUCAAAUUGGUCCCUGGAGGAUGCGCUAUCCAAUUUUCUUGGCAAUCAAGUAGAUGGAGAAGGUGGAAAUGAUGAACCAACCACCGAGCGAAAUGCUGGCGGUGCAACUUUGGAUCCAACUCCAACAAAUUCUACUAAUCGUGGCCGCCCAGUAACCGGCUCUGUGGACAAUUUUACCAAAAAGAGUUCUGAAAGACCAAAAGUUGCAACAUUGAAUGACAUGACAAAGCGUUCAUCGAAUGAGGAGGAAGGUCAGGCCUUUUAUGCAGGCGGAUCAGAACGUUCCGGGCAGCAGGUUUUGGGGCCACCAAAGCGUAAGAAUUUCCGUGAACAGUUAACCGAUAUGUUUCGCAUGGCACAAGAACACAGUGGUGGCGAAUCUGCAAGUACCUCAACUGGUGCUUCUACAUCUGGUGCUGUGCAAUGGGGUCAGGGUGUACGGUUGGGUAUGACAGACAAUGAUCAUGCUGUCGUAGGUGGAAAAGAACAGGAAGAUAGCAGUUCAACAGACGAAAAAAGGCCUAUUGUUGUGUUAAAAUUAUGGAGCCAAGGUUUCUCUAUAGACGAUGGUGAAUUACGUCUAUAUGACGAUCCAGAAAAUAAAGAGUUCUUGGAAACUGUGAUGCGAGGGGAAAUACCACACGAAUUGCUAGAAAUGGGUUGGUUAGUCAAUGUUGAUGUAGAAGACCAUCGCCACGAGGAUUACAAAAGAAAAACUGUACCACCUAAAUUCAAAGGUUCUGGCCACACACUAGGAAGUCCCACGCCCAAUGUAGAAGUAGCUGCUGCUGCCCCUAAGAGUACAACGCAAGCCACAGCUGUUGCUGCUAAAGGUGACGAAAAUUCAGCUAAAGAUAAACUUAAGGUCGAUACUUCCCAACCUACUACAACAUUGCAAAUACGUUUGGCUGACGGUUCACGCCUGACCGCACAGUUCAAUUUAAAUCACACUGUGGCCGAUAUACACGACUAUAUAAGAAACGCAAGACCCCAAUAUGUGGAUGGCAAUUUCCGGUUAGUCUCCUCGUUCCCAACACGUGAACUUAGUGAUGAAGCAGCUACAAUAGAGUUAGCUGGUCUCAAAAACGCGUCAAUAAUGCAGCGAAUGAACUAAAUUAAAUACUACUUACAUCCAUGCAUAUGCUCUUUGUGCAAAUAUUUUGAACACAUUGGUAUAAAUAAAGCAGGAAGCGACUCAAAAAAA